UCUUGCAAUGAACCAUUUCAGGACCAAGUGUCCCAGUUUCCUGUUCCUCUCUCAGCAUUCGGGUUGGGAGCGAGGCUGCAACUGAGCAGCCUCACCCAGGAUGGAGAGCCUCACGCCGAGGUGCUCCCCUCUUCCGUGGCCCUCCUGUCUUCACCUCCUUACUCUGUGGUCCCCAUAAUCCACAGAUGUGACCUACGUUUCUUCUGCGUCAUUUGCUCAGCGGGAUUGGCUUUGUAGAGGCAGUGAGCCCAGGUGAGGAGCAGCUUAAGGGUGUCCGUGGACACUCCUUGGCUGCAUCAACCCCCAGGCUGGGGGUGAAGAUAGGCUGGCUGGAACGUGCCCUGCGGCAAGCCGGGCAAGGAUGAGGCGUUUCCUGAGCAGAAAGGGCCGCUUCUCCCUGCGCCAGAGCAAGUCUGGUACCCGGAGUGCCUCCAAAGAUUUCUAUCUCGGCCUACCUGCGACCAACCAGAACUGGCCGGAAGCAUUUGGCUUCCGACUGGGAGGGACUGGACCUAGCUACAUCCUGUCUGUGGUGGAAGGAAGUAGCGCCUACCUUGCUGGCUUGCAGCCUGGUGAUCAGGUGGUGGACAUUGAGGGCCAGGAUGUGACCAAUCUUAGCACACCAGCACUGAUUGCUCUGGCGCAGACCCUUAAGACGGUUCCCCCCAGCAUUGGUGUGGUGUCACGGAUUAAUCAGAUUGACAUCACCCCAGGCCCAGAUGGUCGUUUUGGCUUUACCAUUGUAGGUGACAGCCCUCUGAUGGUUGAGGAAAGCAUGCCAGGAGGUCCGGCCCAGCGCAGUGGCCUCAAAGUGGGCGACUAUGUGUUGGAAGUUAACGGGAUCCCUGUGAAACAUCAUGAAACAGCGGCAGGCAUGAUCAAAGCAGCACAGGGUCGACCUCUGCGCCUGGGCGUGCUCAGUAUGGCGCGCAGACCCAAGCGUCUGAGCAGCAGCAUGAGGGUGCUGUCGCAGAGUGGGGACAGCGUCAGGGAGAGCCGGGCCCAUAAGGCCAUGGAGUUCAAUAAAAAAGUGGAGGACGUGCUGGCAGAAGAGCCUGAUGUGAAGGAGCAGCUGUUUGAAGUGCUGAAGCAGUACGCUUCUGAGAGGGAUGUGGACAGUCUGGCUGAGGCCUUGCCUGACAUUUUGAUCACAGAGAACCAUCAGCAGCUGAUUGACAGUGUCAGGAUCUUCAUCCCUAAGAAGCACCGGGAGCGUUUUGAUGAGGUGGUCUCUCAGAGUCUGAUGAGCCGGCUGAAGGGUCGGAGCUUCAGCGACCCCAGCCGGAGCCACCUGCGCCGCAGCCGAAGUGAGGAUCACCCAGAACGCCUCCUUGUCUCCACCCGUGCCAGCUCAGUGCCACGCACCCAUGCAGAGGAGGGUGUGGCUCCCCCCACCAGAGGCAUGCGCAAAACCACUUCCCUCAUUGCAGGCCACGCCGGCGGCGCCACCCCCAACUGCAGGACAGUCAGAGUCUGCAAGGGCAACAUGAGCUUUGGUUUCACCCUGAGAGGUCACGCUCCAGUGUGGAUCGACUCAGUGAUCCCUGGAAGUCCUGCAGACAAAGCAGGUUUGAAACCAGGAGACCGAAUCCUGUUUUUGAACGGACUGGACAUGAGGACAUCUUCACAUGAGAAGGUGGUGUCCAUGCUGCAGGGGAGUGGUGCCAUGCCCACUCUGGUGGUGGAAGAAGGUCCAUCUACUUUUUCAAUGGCUGAACAGGAUCUUGCAGGGGGCGGGGCUCCCUCUGAGCGGGCUCGCUCUCCCAUGCUGAGUUCCCUUCAGUGGAUCGCGGAGAUUCUCCCUCCCAGUAUCAGGGUUCAGGGUCGCACCUUUGGACAACAGCUGGAGCACCUGCUGACCAUCCAGGAGCGGUACACCAUCUGCAAAGCUUUGGAAAACUUCUUCCAGCACAGGAAUGUUGACACUCUGAUUGUGGACGUCUUCCCGGUGCUGGAUACACCAGCCAAACAGGUGAUCUGGCAGUUUGUUUACCAGCUGCUUACAUAUGAAGAGCAGGAACACUGUCAGAACAAGAUUUCACGUUUCGUCGGCUUCAAACCUCCAGCUCCUCCACCACCUCCUCCCCCUCCUCCUCCAGAGCCCGAGUCUGCACCGGAGCCCCAUCGGCGCAGUAGCUCUAUGAGGGUUACGGGGACCACGCACAGGAGUAGUGUCAGAGGCCGCAGCUCUGAUGAUCUGGUCAUUGGCACACACUUGGGAAUGGGGCACCACACAGAGCCAACACAGGAGACGAUGACAAGACUGGCUCCAGGAGAGAGACAGUCAGGAGAUGGUACCUCCCUACCUGAGACCCCCAACAACCUCACCAAUCUGUCAGCUGUCUAUGCUGAACUAGAAAACAUGUAUUCCAGCAAGAGGUCCAAGUCCCUGAAGAGCCGCCCUCCCCCUGCCCCAGAGAGUGUGUUGGACAUAGAUGCCCCCUCACGGGCAGAGUCUCCCACCUUACAGGCUAACACAGGCAGUCGGAAAAACACGCAACCCCAUUCAUCCUGGCCGGACCCCCUUCCAAGUCCACCUACAGCCCCAUUCUACCCAUCAGGCUUGACAAGCCAAACCAGUGGAGAGUCCAACCCAUACAUGAGCCUAGACAGUCCUCCCCCCUCCCCUCCGGAGCCAGACUUCCCAUCCAGUCCACCGGUCCAUCGCAACAACAAACGCCGCUACACCUUCUCUAAACCUCCUCGCUCAGAGGACACGGAUCGUUUUCUGGAUGCUCUGAGUGAGCAGCUGGGACAGCGGGUGGCCAUCGUUGACGAUUUCCUAACCCCUGAAAAUGAUUAUGAAGAGGAUGUUGUGCAGAUGGGUUACCCAGAUGAGAAUGAUGAUGAUAAUGAGGAGGAGCUUGGGGUGGAUGAGGAAGAAAAUGGAGGAUUUGUGGCUCCGGAGCUAAGCAGCCCAAGUGAUGUUCAAAGCAGUAUUGGGGAAGAGAAUGCCUCCUCCUUGACAUAUUCCUCUUCCUCUGAUCACAUCCCUCCUCCACCCAUGAGUCCUCCCCCACCUCCACCUGUCCAGUUCAACGACCCUCCCCCCGCCCCUCCAGCACCUGCUCAGAGUCAGCCUCAGAACCAACAACAACCUGUCAGCUACACACCUGAGCACUCACCCAGAGCAUAUGUGCCCAUCCGCCGAAAAUCUGGCCCUCCUCCACCGCCGCCUCCUCGCAGUAACCUACCACCUAAACGCCACUCCUUGCAUAAGGUCCUCCCAACAAGAGAAGAUAUUCAAGUCCAUGCCACCAUACAAGAACUGAAAGCCUACCAGGAACAACAAAACUACCAGGAAGAGCAGCAAGUCUACACGGAGAGACAAGCAUUUGAGGAGCAGCAAGCCUAUAAGGAGAGACAAGCAUUUGAGGAGCAGCAAGCCUACAAGGAGAGACAAGCAUUUGAGGAGCAGCAAGCCUACAAGGAGAGACAAGCAUUUGAGGAGCAGCAAGCCUAUGAGGAACAAGAACUUUUCCAGGAGCAGCAAGCGUACCAGGAACAACAGGUUUACCAGGAGAAGAUUUACAAGGAGCGACAGGCUUAUGAGGAGCAGGUGUAUCAAGAGCAGCAAGUCUACCAGCAGAGACAAGCAUAUGAGCAGCACCAGGCCUACCAGGAGCAGAAAGCAUACGAGGAGCUUCAGGCCUACAAGGAGCAAAAAGCAUUUGAGGAACUACAAGGCUACCAGGAACGGAAAGCUUAUGAGGAGCAGCGAGCGUACCAGGAGCAACAGAUGCAGCAGAUCUACCAAGGCCACCAGUCCAUUCCUGUCCAGCUGACUCAGCAUAAAUCCAGUUCCCCUCUACCACUCCAACAGUUACACCAGUCUUUACCCCCAAUCCCUUCUCAGGAGUCCAUGCACUCAAAUGCCAACCACCCUCUGUAUAAGAUGGGCCAAGGACAGCAGCAGAGUCAUCACCACAGGCGGCUUUCUCGCUCAGCUCCUCCUCCACAUCAGCCAUCACCCCAACAAGCAAUGCACCCCAGCCAAGGUCAGUACGCUGAGGGCAUCUACCAGAGUCAUCAAAGUGUGAGACCACAGCCCCAUCAUUCUUCGACAGAGAUGAUUCAUCAGAUGCACCAAGCCCCGCCACACCACGCCUCUUCGGAAAUGCUGCAGCAGAUGCAGAGCCACGGCCAUUACUCGUCAUCUGAGAUGCUCCAGCAGAUGCACAAAUCCAAAGCCCAUCAUUCCUCUACUGAGCUUCUGCACCAGUCUCACCAAAGACACGAAACGCCGCCGCACCACACCUCUGCUGAGCUGCUUCAUCAAGCUCACCAGAUGCAUCGAGGUCAAACCCAUCAUUCAUCCACUGAGCUGCUCAACCAAAUGCAGCAGCCUAAGCCCCACCACUCCUCUGCAGAGCUUCUUCACCAAACUCACCAAAUUCAGCAGUCGAAGGCCCAUCACUCAUCCACAGAGCUGCUGCAUCAAAUGCAUCAAGAGCCCGCUUCCCUUCCAGUUCAACUGAACCGGGACAGCCAGUCGCAUCAGAGCCGCAGGAGUAUAAAAGGACAUCAUCAAACAGAGGUUUCUCUGCAGGCCAGACACCAAGAGCAGCAGAUUCACCAAAUCCAUCACCCCCAGCCGACCAAGCCCUCUCCCCAGAGACCCCACUCCAUCCAGCAAACCCACCACCAUUCCAACACACCCCAGAUCCACCAAAUUCACCACAUCACCCCCCAACCGCCUCCUCAGGACUACCCACACCAGAUCCACGUCAUCCAUCCUCCCCAGCAGCCCCACAGGCCCCAGCCCCUUCUCUCCACCUUUCAGCCCCUCCAGCCACACCAGCCCACUGUUUCCACCUUCCAGCCCCUGCCCCAACACCCACAAGCCCAGCACCACGGCCAGCCCUCCACCCAAACAACUCGUCCACAUUCACAGCCCUCGCAUCACCUGCUUCAAUCCCACCAUCUUCCCCAAACCCACCACAAGCAACCCCACCACCAGAGUCAGCUCCAGUCUCUGCCAUACUCUCUGUCCGAUCCUACAGAGCACCUGGAGCCGCCUCCACCUCCACCCCUCCCACCCCCCUGCUCCCCUCCCCCACUGCCGAGGCCAGCUUUGUCCAGGAUGGACUCCAACCACAUGAGCGUGAAGCGGCUGCGCUGGGAACAGGUGGAAAACUCAGAAGGGACUAUAUGGGGACAGUUGGGUGCAAACUCUGACUAUGAAAAACUGCAUGACAUGGUUAAGUAUUUGGAUCUGGAGCUUCACUUUGGGACAUCAAAGAGCACCAUGCCUGCUCCAGAGCCAUCUCCACAGCUAGAAACCUUCAAGAAGAAGGAUGUGAUAGAAAUUUUGUCUCAUAAAAAAGCUUACAAUGCGUCCAUCUUGAUUGCCCACCUGAAGCUGUCUCCUGGGGAGCUGCGCCACAUCCUGAUGAACAUGACCACGGAUAGACUUGAACCUGAUCACAUCAAGCAGCUGCUGCUGUACGCUCCUGAUGAAGAGGAGGUGAAAAAAUAUGAAGACCACAAGCAGGAGCCCAGCAAACUCAGCGAGGUGGACCAGUUUGUGUUGCAGAUGCUGUUGGUACCGGAAUACAAGACUCGCCUUCAAUGCCUCCUUUUCAAAUGUUCUCUUCAAGAGAAGACAGAGGAGCUAAGGGGAGCGUACGACUGCAUUUACAAAGCUUCUGUGGAGCUAAAGACCAGCAAGAAAUUGGCUAAGAUAUUAGAGUUUGUGUUGGCAAUGGGGAACUAUCUCAAUAACAGUCUGCCCAAAACCAACAAGACAACAGGCUUUAAGAUCAACUUCCUAACAGAGCUGAGCACAACAAAAACAGUUGAUGGCAAGUCGACAUUUCUGCACAUUCUGGUCAAGUCCUUGUGUCAGCACUUUCCAGAUGUGUUGGAUUUUGCUAAAGAUCUUACAAUGAUUCCUCUUGCUGCAAAAGUGAAUCAGAGGAUCGUCACAUCGGACAUAAAUGACAUCCACACAACCAUCCAGGACAUUCGAUCAGCCUGUCAGAGGAUGCCGGCAACUGCAGAGGAUCGCUUUUCUCUCGUCAUGAGUAAUUUUCUGGAAAACAGUCAUCCGGCUGUCCAGUCCCUGGAGUCUCUCCAGCAGAGAGCUGUAGAGGAAUUCAGCAAAACCGCUUCUUUCUUUGGGGAGGAUAGCAAAUCGACCAAUACUGAGGCCUUUUUUGGUAUCUUUGCUGAGUUUAUGAGCAAGUUUGAGAGAGUUCUCAAUGAUCAGCAAAUGGUUGAAAAUCCCAAGAGUCCCAGAAGUCCACGCCUGGCCUCACCUCUGGCUUGGUAACACACCUACGCAUAUGGAGAUGACUGCGUACCGUACAACAGCUGAUACACAAAUAGAAAGACAGGUCCAGGAGUUUUGUUCAAUGAGAAGAAUAUGGAAAAAAGAUACAUGCCCCCCCCCAAAAAAAAAGUA